GCACCCUUAGCGCGUCAUAUAUUAAAACACAGCAUUCAUAAUGCCUCCCCGUGGCCGUGGGAAGUUCGCAAAGCCCAACAGAGGAGGUAACUCACAACACCGAGGACCAGGACAAAAGUUUCGCACGGGAAGAAGACUGAUGAAUUGGGUUUUGCAACAGGUGGAAAACACUUUAGUCGUGAUGUCCAACCAACCGACAAAGAUGGAAACCCCGUGAGCUUAUGGCGGGUACGUCAAGCCUGACCUUUCUACGAUCACGCCACGAGCAAAUCUGACAGCCAUUCAAAAAACAGGAACCCCAAGACGAAAUCCCAUCCUCCGGUGAAGAAGAACAAGAAGAAUCCGGAUCCAGCUCUGGCUCCGAGGAAGAAUCCUCUGAGGAUGAAGGUGAAGACAAAGCCGGCCCCAGCUCCUCAGCAGCCGCCGACGUGACCCGUGAAGAGCGCCGUGCCGCCACAAAAGCCAAGAAGCAAGCUGCCAUCGCAAAGCGCAAGCAAAUGGCUCUUCAGCCGGGCGAUCUCCCGCCUUCAGACUCUGAACAUGAGAUUGAUGUGAAGGGGAACAAUGGCGGCGAGAGUGAAAGUGAGGGUGAGAGCGGCGAGCUUCCCGCAAACCCCAAUCACACGGCCUCAUCUCGCAAGCAGCUGGAGAAGACAGAUGAAGAGGAGACCAAGCCCAAGAAAGAUCUGUCGCAGCUGUCGCGUCGGGAGAGGGAAGCUCUCGAGGCGCAGCAGGCGAGGGAGCGGUAUAUGAAGCUACAUGCGGAGGGCAAGACGGAGGAAGCACGGUCGGAUCUGGCACGACUGGCGCUUAUCCGGGAACAGAGAGAAUCGGAACGGGCCCGGAAGCAGGCCGAGAAGGAAGAGAAGGAAGCGGUGGCUAAGGAGAAGGCGGCUGCGCGCGAGGCGCUUCUGUCCAAGAAGACUACCAAUAAGAAGGGCGGAGGUAAGAAGAAAUAAUCCGAUUUUUAAUGCUAUGAAUUGUUUCAGAAUUUCCCUUGUCGCACCUACUGGUUCAAGCGAGGCUCAUGAACGCUAUGACAUUAUUUGGAUAUAAGAGAUCUCUAUAUAAGAAUGCUAUGAUAAAUUUGAUGCCAUGUCGAUGUGGUCGAGACAAAUCAGUAUAAGCAAAAACAAAAUAGCCAAUUUCC